UACAAAUGAUAAAAUACCAUUUAUUUCAAUUCUACAUAUUAUAUAUUGUGAUACAUAUUCACAUUUUCCUAUAUUUUUCAUAAAUAGAACCCUUGUCCCUUGGGGUCACUGUCAUUUCCACCACACUGUACAAAAUAGAAUCCUGGGAUCAGUGUUUUAGGUUUGUAUAUUUAGUAACCAUAGCAACAGAAACUCCACAGUGGAACACAUGGCUGGAUGAAAUGGUGUCCUCUACAGGGGGUAAUGAAAAGAAGAAAAAUCAAGAUGGCAAGCAAUACCACAGCACAGAGGUCAAGAUCAUACAGAGAAAGAAUAAAAUCAGAUCCACUUAAAUAUGCAGAGUCCCUCAAGAAGGACAGAGAAAGAUACCUGAAGAAAAAGCAACAAGGUGUUGUUAAAUCUGUGACAGAAAUGCCGAAAAGAGAACAACGAAAAAUGAGAAGACAGUGGCGAAUUUCUCAACGAAACAGACGUAGGAAAUGGAAAAUGGUCUCAGCAGUGAAUAGUUUCAUGGCACAUACAACACCACCACCAUCACCAGACAACAUGAGUGUUAAUGCAGAAGACAUCCCUGAAACACCUCAGCUGUGUGAGCCUACACCAGAGAGAACUCCACAGAGGAAAAGAGGGAGAAAAAAGGUUGCGAAGGCAAAAGCAAAGGUGUACAGAGAUCUUAAUGACAUUAAACAAAAGCUUGAGGAUGCCCUCAGAAAAGUUGAAAAAUACAAAAAAAGAAGUAAUCGACUGAAGAAGAACCUGGGGAUCCUAGAGUCACCUAAAAUGAAAACAAAGCAACAGAUGCAGCAAGAAAGCAAGCAAUUAAAGAAGACACUCCUAUUCCAUAACACCAUUAUGUCAGAAAUAAGAAAAAAGUAUCAGAAUGUUGACAAUCGUAAAGCUCGGCAACUGAUCUCCAAACUUGUGGCUGGCAAGAUCUUAAAAAAAUACCGCCUGGUCACCAUGGCCAAGAAGGAGUUUGGAUUCUCUACAAAACUAAUCAGGACAAACAUGACAAGGGCCGACAAACUCAAAUACACCCGCAAAACACAACGAAACAGAGUCAGCCAAGAAGUGAAGGAAAAGAUAACAAAGUUUUUAGAACGCGACGAUAACAGUAGGGCCACUACUGGAAAGAAAGAGACAAUUACAAAGAUGAAAAAUAAAAUGUUAAGGUAAUGAUGACAUAAAGGGUUUGCUCUAGUUUGUACUAGUUUGCUCUAGUUCAGCAUGUAGAAAACAGUGAAGAAAUGAUUUGCUGAUUUUUAACACAAAUUCAUGUUUUUUAAUUUUUUGGAUUGUUUUUAAUUUAAAAAUAUUGGUGAUAUGUUUUUGUUCACAAAUGCUGUUGCUUAUUGAUUUGCUCUGGUUCACCACAUAGAGCAGUAGAAAAAUUGUUUUUAAUUGGAAGUUGCCUAUCUGUCAUUUCCGCCACACACUGUCUCUUCCGCCACGCCAUGUCAUUUCCACCACAACACAUAUUUUAAAGUAAAACAUAUAAAAAACAUACAAUCAAACCAACUAUAUUCAGUGGUGUUGAUAAUUGUGCAGUUAGGGCUAAGAUUUGUGUAUACACUUUGAGAAAUAUAUGAUUUUGAGCUAUGAUAAGAAAAUGAAAUGUUCCAUUGACCUAGUUUUAG